GCGGGAGGCGGAGCGAGUCCAAAAUGGCGGCUCUCAGGCUGGCGCGCUCCGUGCUGCUGUGGCUUUGAGGUGGUCGCCGGGGGUCGGGGGGGACGAUUUCCCCGCCGCGGGGGCCCUAGAGGAUGAAUCAGGGGCUCUUCUAAGGUUAGGCGGCGGGGGUGGAGAGAAGUGGCAGCAAGGACUGCGGUGGAGUCCACGGAGCGGGAUGUGCGAGAGUUACUCCAGGUCGUUGUUGAGGGUCUCGGUGGCGCAGAUCUGCCAGGCGCUGGGCUGGGACUCGGUACAACUGAGCGCCUGCCACCUCCUCACGGACGUGCUGCAGCGUUACCUGCAGCAGCUGGGACGGGGCUGCCACCGGUACUCUGAGCUGUAUGGCCGGACAGACCCAAUUUUGGAUGAUGUUGGUGAAGCUUUCCAACUUAUGGGCGUUAGUCUUCAUGAACUAGAAGACUAUAUCCACAACAUUGAACCUGUCACUUUCCCACAUCAAAUUCCUUCAUUUCCUGUUAGCAAGAACAACGUACUUCAGUUUCCUCAACCCGGAAGUAAAGAUGCAGAGGAAAGAAAAGAAUACAUCCCUGAUUACAUGCCACCCAUUGUGUCUUCUCAAGAAGAAGAAGAAGAAGAGCAGGUGCCCACCGAUGGGGGCACAUCAGCAGAAGCCAUGCAGGUUCCCUUGGAAGAAGAUGAUGAACUGGAAGAGGAGGAAAUUAUCAAUGAUGAGAACUUCUUGGGUAAGAGACCGCUGGACAGUCCGGAAGCUGAAGAAAUGCCCACGAUGAAGCGGCCACGCCUGCUAAGCACUAAAGGGGACGCCCUGGACGUGGUGUUACUGGAGGCUCGAGAGCCACUCAGCUCAAUAAACCCCCAGAAGAUCCCACCAAUGCUGUCCCCCGUCCACGUCCAGGACAGCACGGACCUAGCUCCUCCGUCACCAGAGCCACCAAUGUUAGCUCCAGUGGCAAAAUCACAGCUGCCAACUGCAAAACCGUUGGAAGCAAGGUCGUUUACACCUAAAACAAAGACUAAAACCAGUUCUCCGGGGCAGAAGACUAAAUCACCCAAAAUGACUCCAUCACCAGCAAUGGUCGGAAGUCCUAUUCGGUCUCCAAAAACCAUAUCCAAAGAAAAGAAGUCUCCUGGACGUUCGAAGAGCCCCAAAAGCCCCAAGAGUCCCAAGGUCAUCACUCACAUUCCCCAAGUACCCAUCAGACCCGACACCCCUAACAGGACUCUUUCAGCUACAAUAAGUGAAAAAAUUAGUAAAGAGACCAUUCAGGUGAAACAAAUACAAACAGCCCCCGAUGCUGGGAAACUGAACCAUGAGAAUCAGCCGAAAAAGGCCGUCGUGACUGAUAAGACCAUCGACGACUCUAUUGAUGCUGUGAUUGCACGGGCUUGUGCCGAACGGGAGCCAGACCCUUUCGAGUUUUCUUCUGGGUCCGAGUCAGAAGGAGACAUUUUUACCAGCCCUAAGAGGAUUUCAGGUUCAGAAUGUGCUACCCCAAAAGCUACCACUUCCUCCAGCAACUUCCCCAAGUCCGGGUCCACCCCUCUCCCUCUUUCAGGCGGAGCUUCAAGUUCUGACAAUUCCUGGACAAUGGACGCAUCCAUCGACGAGGUGGUCCGGAAAGCCAAGAUGGGGACCCCUCCCAGCGUGCCCCCCAGCUUCCCUUACAUCUCCUCCCCUUCAGUCUCUCCUCCCACCCCUGAGCCACUGCACAAGGUAUACGAGGAGAAACCCAAAGCGCCGGCCUCCACGGACGUCAAAAAGAAGCUGAAAAAGGAAAUGAAGAUGAAGAUGAAAAAGAAAGAGAAGCAGAGAGAUAAGGAGAGGGACAGGGACAAAAGCAAGGAGAGAAGCAAAGAGAAGGAGAAAGGGAAGGAGACCAGCAAGGAAGCCAAGUAUCCCUGGAAGGACUUUCUCAAAGACGAAGAGGCAGAUCCCUACAAGUUUAAGAUAAAAGAGUUUGAAGAUGUGGAUCCAAAAGCGAGACUGAAAGAUGGAAUGGUGAGAAGGGAAAAGGAGAAGCACAAAGACAAGAAGAAAGACAGAGAAAAGGGCAAAAAGGACAAAGAGAAGCGGGACAAAGAGAAAACGAAAGAGAAAGGCCGAGAAGAGAAGCUGAAGGCUGCCCCAGUCCCCCUGGUCCUGCCCCCCAAGGACAUGGCGCUGCCCCUGUUCAGCCCCGCGGCGGCUGUGAGGAUCCCGGCCAUGCUGCCCUCCUUGACACCCAUGCUUCCCGAGAAGCUGUUCGAAGAGAAAGAGAAGCCCAAGGAGAAGGAAAGGAAAAAGGACAAAAAGGAGAAGAAGAAAAAGAAAGAGAGAGAGAAGGAGAAGGAGAAGAAGGAGAAGGAGAGGGAGAAGGAGAAGCGAGAGAGAGAGAAGAGGGAGAAAGAGAAGGAGAGACACAAGCAUGAAAAAAUAAAAGUGGAGCCAGUGGUCCCAGCCCCAAGCCCAGUGAUCCCCAGAUUGACUCUCCGAGUUGGAGCUGGCCAAGACAAAAUUGUCAUCAGCAAAGUGGUCCCAGCCCCCGAGGCUAAGCCGGCGCCUUCUCUGAACAGACCCAAGACGCCACCGCCCAUGCCAGCCCCCGCCCCUGUCCCCGUGCACGUCACCCCCGCCCCCGUGCCUUUGCCCCUUCUGGCCCCGGCCAGCACGCCCCUCACCGGGAUGCCCGCUCCGGCCCCCGCAGCCUCGGGAUCUGCCAGUUCCAAAGCCCCCGUCCGGAGUGUGGUCACGGAGACGGUCAGCACUUACGUGAUCCGAGACGAAUGGGGGAACCAGAUCUGGAUCUGUCCCGGCUGCAACAAGCCCGAUGACGGGAGCCCCAUGAUUGGCUGUGAUGAUUGUGACGACUGGUACCACUGGCCCUGCGUCGGAAUAAUGGCCGCACCCCCAGAAGAGAUGCAGUGGUUCUGUCCCAAGUGUGCCAACAAAAAGAAGGAUAAAAAGCACAAAAAGAGGAAGCACCGGGCGCACUGACACCCCGGGGGCCCCUGUCCUGACGCCUCGGGGGAGGUGCUGUGACCCCGCCUCCGUGUCACCUCCCACCAUGUACCUGCAGGUUAUGAACCUCGCAAGACUGAGGACAGAAACACACCACCCACAGGGAUUUUCCUUCUGGAACACCCCGGCCCGGGGCCACAUGGUCGUGACCGAAGGAAAGCUCACGUGGAGGCGGGCACCGGGGCCACCUUGCCUCCGUUUUCUAUUACCAGUGACAAGUAUUACUAAUAAAAAGACCAUAAUCUUCCCUUUCGAUUUUCUUGAUUCUCUCCAGGGCCUUUUCCUUAAGGUGUUAGAUGAGAAGUGGCUUGUGGCCUGCCUUGACCGUGACCGAGGGUGACGUUGGUAGUCUGUCUGCGCCUCCAGCCUCCUUCCCUCUCUAGUGAGAUAAUCAUAAUCACAUAAAAGAAAACUCCAGGUGGAGUGUCGGUAAAUAUUUUUGUGAUGAAAAAUAUAUGAAGCUUCCCCUCCCUCCCUGUUUUUAGUACUAACAUGUAAAAUGUUCAGGCUUUUUGUGAAAUACCUUAUAUUUUUUAAGAAAAAGGUUUCUAUCAUGUCCUGUUGGCUUUUGUGCAAAUUAUUUUUGUUGACUCUCACCUAUUUUCUUUCUCUGUUGCCUCCCGACUCUGCCCAUUUCUCUAAACUGCUGGUGUUCUUCUCACAGCUUAUCCAUUUCAUCAACUUGUAUAAAAACUCUUCGGACCAGGAGAUCUCCCCUAAUGUAAAUAAUAAAUAUUUAUGAAGUAGUUAUUUUAAAAAAAUUUUUAUCGUGUUUAAUUCUGGCUUUCUCUGAAAUCUGCUGUGAUUUCAGCCAUGUCUGUAAUUACUGCUGUACAUAAGCAAAGAAGGCUAGAAAAAAAGAACCAUGCGUAGUUCAAAGUUACCUACCUUGAGCUGAACCCAUGCAGUACCCAAAACACUGGGGGAAAGGACCCGAGCAGUUGGAAGGAAAACAAGGCAAUUUAAAUCUGUGGUUUAUGAUUUGAAAUUGUUUUGUUAUCUCUUGUUUCUGUAAAUUUCUUUGACUUCCUUUUGUUUCAAAGGACAUGUAGAUUCCCUGAAAGUUAAAAAAAAAAAAAAAAGAAA